AUGAGGUUUUUCACAACCACAGUGCUUGGCUUGCUUGUGCCCAGCCUGGCUGCCGCAUCUAACCUUAGCUCUGCAACUCAACUCGCUGUCCCUGCCGACUUCAAGCCCCCGCAGGUAUUCAAGAACGCGAAUUUGGUCCGUAACACCAAUUUGGAGAAGGGCUAUGUCCGGGAAACCAUCAAUGUCGUUGUAGAGAACAUUGAUAAGCAGUCGCAAAGCGACUACUAUAUCCCUUUUCCCGUUGAUGUAUUCGACCGCGUUGGAGGGUUCGAAGUUCGGGAUAAGAAGUCCACUGAGGAGGGACGCUUUGAGGUGGAUAUUACUGAGCCUGUUUCGUCAAGCGGUACCCAGUACUUCGUGGUUCACCUCGCUGAGCCCCUCGCCCCGAAAGCCCAGAUCACUCUCGGAAUCUCCUACUCUGUCCUGAAGUCCCUGAGCCCGCGCCCUGCUGUUAUCCAGCAAAACGAAAAGCAAUACUUGACUUACUCGUUCUCCGCCUACGUGCCCUCUGCCUACCAGACCGUCACCCAGAAGACCAAGCUUAAGUUCCCCAGCACUGAUGUUCCCGACUUCACUGAGACAUCAGGACUCAAGUCUGGUGCUGACCCCGAGCGCAAGGGUGCUACAUAUACCUACGGUCCUUACGAGACCGCCAAGGUCGCCCCCGGCACUGAGGAGCCCAUCACCGUCCGCUACCAGUUCACCAACCCUGUGAUCACUGCUAGCCUCCUCGAGCGUGACUUGGAGAUCUCCCACUGGGGAGGCAACCUGGCCACCGAAGAGCGCUACUGGAUCCGCAACAACGCUUCCGAGCUAGUUAACCAGUUCUCGCGGGUCGAAUGGACCUUCGCUAGCUACCAAAAGGCCCCAACCUCUGCUAUCCGUGAGAUCACUUAUCCUCUGCUCCCUGGAUCAGCGGACCCAUACUUCAUCGAUGACAUUGGCAAUGUUUCCACCAGCCGCUACCGCCCUGGCAAUGGCAAGACCGCCGCCAACCUGGAGCUCAAGCCUCGCUACCCUAUCUUCGGUGGCUGGAACUACAGCUUCAAGGUGGGCUGGAACAACGACCUCUCCCAGUUCCUGCGCAAGGUCGCUGGUGGUGACUCUUACGUUCUGAGGGUACCCUUCCUUCAGGGCCCUAAGAUGAACGAGGGUCUCCAGUACGAGCGCGUCGUCGUCCGUGUUAUCCUUCCCGAGGGUGCACACAACGUUCGCUAUGAGACUGUUGAGGGUGCCAACAGCAAUGGUCUUCCUGGCGACAACCAGAUCCAUGCCAGCCUUUCCUCUUUCAAGACUUACAUGGAUACUCUUGGUCGGACUACAUUGACCCUGGAGGUUGAUAGCCUGACCGAUGAGGCCCGCAACGCCGAGCUACUGGUUACCUAUGACCACACCCUCAUGGAUACCAUUCGCAAGCCCCUCACUAUCUUUGGUGGUUUGCUUACCACGUUCGUUGCUAUCUGGUUCAUUGGAAGUAUUGAUACCAGUAUUAAGAAGCGGUAA